AUGCAAAUUUGUAUCAACGACUUCGAAGUCCGCUAUGAAGACGAUAAGUCUGGAAUAUGCGGGCCCUAUCGCAUCGUAGGCGGAUUUGUGGUGGACAGCUUGCAGCUGCGCGCAGUGAGCGCAGGCCUUGUGGGAAGCCACGCGAUCUUCGAGGUUAGCAGCUUAGCGCCAGUGGCGGCCCGGCCUCACUCAGCCAGAGGUCCUGGCGGCACACUCACGACGCUUGGCAGGAGAUGGUCAAACCUGUUUGCAGAAAUUGUUCCGCUUGGCCGCAUGGAAGCUCGAAUUCCAUGGUUCGCUGAUGGAGAAGGUUUGAAGGUCACGGGGUACAUGGCGGACUUCACGGAGAUGUUUCCACACAGCGCGGCGCGUUGUUCCGAGAUCAGCGCUGAUGGAAUCGAGAGCAGCUUGUCUAAGCACAUGCCGGACAGUGGCUGCAGUGUGUCUGACUUCCUCAAGACGCGGAAGUUGCUGAGGAAGUGGGAACGCCUCCGCUAUGGCAUCAGCCGCUUUGUCAUGCAGCAGAUGCUGGAUGAACGACAAGGUCCCCAUGCAGUGCAUCUCUCGCAGCAUCGGCUACGUGAGAAAGCUCGGCGCCUGCGGGACAUCAUCGGGCAGCACAAAUACCUGGCAGCUAGAGUGCAAGGAUGUGCUUCCAGACGCAGGUUCAUAUGA